UAGACUGGACAAGCAUUAGAAAAAUACAGGCUGCCAGUUUUACCAGCCAAGUUCGAAACUGCCAAGCCAAGCGGCCAAGUCGCCUAGCCAAUGGCUGAAGGAGCGAGCGAGCGAGCGAGCUCUGCAGCUUUCUGCUUGCUUUCUGUUAUAGUUUCUGUUUUUGUAUCGAAGCGCCAACUUUUAUCAGUACAUAUUCUGUGGGUGGAUGCCUUCGCCGACGUUAAGAUGUCAGUCUUGCUUACGUAGCAAUUUGGCGCUACUUCUAAAACCGCACAAGAAAGCCUGACAGGCGCAACAGCGCGUGAUGGCUGCGGUGCCUAUGUCAGCAUCCGUAUCAGCAGAGCCUCUCAAAACGAGAAGCAGGACUGUGAGAGCCACAGUACCCUUUUCACCCGAUGUUAAAUUAUCGUCGAGAAGGAAAAAGAAAAAGCCAGCCAACAAAGAGCCGAACUGUUGCAACAAGUGUGGUAUUGUUGUGAGGGGUUCGACAAGAGUUAUUUGUGCUGCAUGCGAACAGUCAUCCUUGGACGUUAGACAUAAGGAAGCACAAAACAACCAGACAUUUGAGGAAGAGAAGAAGAAAUAUUUGGAUGAGGCGAAGUUAUUUGCAGUGAACCUUGCCAAAAAAUUCGAUGACGUUAAUGCAGAGCGUCUUUUUUGCCCGGUGUUCAAGCCACCUCGGGGAUCCUGUGCGUGUAUCCAGAAGUAUCUCAGUGGUGAUGGCUCGGACCAGAGAGUUCGCAGUCUUCUACAGCUUCUGCAGGAAGCCAAGAAAUUGUCACAACAAAAGUGCUACAAUUGGGAAGAAGUCAAGCGCGUUGGCAAAAGCCAUGCAGUGGGCAUGGGCAAUGGUCAGAAGCACAGCGAGUCCUUCCAACAGUUUGUGAAUGAGCAUCGCCCUCAGUUACGUGAGGUAAAGCUAUGUGAGCGAGCAACACAGAGGGUGCUCUUCUAUUCCAACAACUUUCUUCACCGGUACCUCAAGACAGAGCCAAGUAAAGGCCGACGAAUUCAACGGACCAAGGGCAAAGCGGUGCUUGGAAAGCUCAAGAGCCUAGAAGAACUGGCCAAGGAAAAGUGCUGUCAGCAGAGAUGCGCAGGACUUGCUCAGCGAUAUGCAACGCUGGUCAGCCAGUGGCGAGAGCGGUCGCAAAUGGGCCAGACUGAGAAUCGCCGCGUCCUCGCCGAGAUGCUGACUCCCAGUGGACCAAACUCGACAAACUGCUACAAGUUUAUCUCCUGGGUUACAGGCUGCAGCUUCACGACAAUAGCCAAAGUCAGCAAGCAGAUGUUAGCCACUGGAGGGGAUCGUGAACCUCCACCGCACAAGCUGAAGAAGUUCUGGGACGCUAAAAACAGCUCGCAAGAAGAGAGUGUCUAGGACAAUGUAUUAUGAAGUGCCAUGUUGCUUUCAUUCUCCAUGUUUAUCUCUCGUUUGUCAGAUAUCGCUGUUUCACUUGCUGUUCAGCACUCAUGUGCAGUUUUCAAGAUACGAGAUGCACGAUACACCUUUUGUAUCUUGGCAAUCAUUAUAUGACAUGGCAUUAUAAUCAUCAGUAUGAAUGGCAUGUUAUGUGAGGGUGAAACCAAAUAACUGCUGUCUACUGUUUCCCGGUGUAAAAAAGGCACUUGUUUAGUAAGGAGUUGUUGGGGAUUGAUUUAUAAGUUAAGUGAAAUCAGUGAAAAAAAUGGGGAUGACUUGAAACCAGGGUGUCAUGGCAGUCUGGCAUCAUGUGCUUGUUGUAUGUUUUGCUGUUCUUAUAUAUUACUUGUGCUCCCUUUUUAUUCUACAAACAUGACCAAUGAUAGUUAGUUGUGCACUUUAUUAUCUUUUAAGUUCAUAAAGGGAAAACAAUAUUAGAUCUUCAUUACACUGUGUGUUUCUCAUCAUCUCUGUAUAGUGAAGCCCCAUUGCAAUAAUAAUGCAUAUACACUUAUUCGCCUAUUUCACAAGAGGUCAUGCCCCAAAUUGUGGUGGAAGACAGCGCUUCAUCAAUUCAUCAGAAUAGUAGAGCAUCUUUCAUGCUCAUGGCAUCCAGCGAGGAGCAAUGAUCUUUUGCUAGGUGGGGCAAGAAAUGCUGAUGCAGGCACAUGCUAAAUAUGUGAAGACAAUAGACAGUUAUAGUAUAGCGUACACAACUACAGUGUAUGCUAAGCAGCGCAUGUUUGUUACAGUUUUAGUUGCCCUGUGAGAUCUUCGGAUCUCAGAGGCCGUAUGCCGUCAUUGUGGCUAUCUCCAAACUCUAGCGAUAGGUGGCGCUGACAUCUCGAAUGUUUCUUUCGUUAGGCUUCGACUCGUUCGAAACGAGAAGCGAUCUCGAAAACAACACAAGGUUAUCCAUAAUACUCUGUCAUUGAAGCAGCCUGAGACUAAGCGAAAGCCGUUUACACGGUCAUUUGUUAUGAACGAAGUGAAUUUUACAAAAGCAACGCCAAAUUCAAUUCAAAGCGGGCAGCUGGGACCGCCGCCAUGUUUCACGCAAACUUUACAAACAAUGCAAAGAUGCUAACGCUAAAUCUGAGAAAUAGCGUGCGUAUGCUAUACGCUAUGGGCCAUUUAGCGGUCUGCACAUGCGCAGUGACGACCCACUAUUUUCUGUUCAUUUCGGCUGCCACUAAUUGGCUGCAGCUGAACCAGUGAGAAGCAAGCUGGUUUGGAGUGCCCGUUUCUCUCUCGCUGGUACUCCAGCCCAGCCAAUCUGCACUUCAGCAGCAGCUGAAAUGUACAUGUCCACUAGCUGGACAUUUACAAAAUUCCUCCCCACCCCCCAACUUCACAUUCUAAUGCCCUGGUCAUAUGGCCAGUAGGUGCUCCGAUGUAGGCCGAGUUAGUGGCUGUUCUCUGGCUGAUGUCCUAUACUGACCAUGCCACUGGCCAAUAUCACCAUUGCCAUGGGAAAUCAUUGUGGAACAGCUUCGCCUGUAAAAGGACAUUUGGCAUUUAACACCCUAAGGUUGCACUGGACCAAAAGAAGCGUCGUGUUUGAGUGUUCCAGGUUAUUGUUUAGGCCCUGGUUUUUUUUACCAAGCUCUCAAAUUUAACCGCAUGAGCAUUUUUUUCCCCUCGGAUUCCAGGAAUCAUUUCAAGGAUUAGAACCAGUGGCCUUAAAAUUAAAUUAAAAAUUGUUAUUUUUUAUGUGCCAAAACUACAAUCUGAUGAGACAUGCUGUAGUGAGGGACUCCAGAUUAAUUUUGACCACCUGGGGACCUUUAGUGUGCUCCCACUGCACGGAACACAGGCAUUUUUGCAUUUCACUCCCAUCGACACGUGGCUGCCACGGCCAAGAUUUGAUUUCGUGACCUAGUACUUAGCAACGCAACACCAUAGCUGCUUAGCCACCACGGCGGGUGAACCAGUGGUCUUGUCAUGGCGCAAAAAUGCGUAAGUACUGAGCCGGCGCAAUGGGUCUCUUUACAGGAACGCUGUGUAUCUUUUGCAAUGAUGCUUGCAGACGAAUUUCUGUGGUAAUUAAAGGAAAACCUUAGGGGUGGAGCUUCUGUACAUGCGUUACUUCAGCUACUAUGCUGGAAGUGUUCGAUUGCACGUUUCAUUUCUUGUUACAGAUACUAGUGCAGCUUCCUUGUGCAAUAGUUCCACAGUUGUGCAAAUGCAGAAAAGGAAAACAAAGAUAUCAAGGCAUAUUAACACUUGGUGGUGUAUUCUGUUUUGUUUUACAGCGAAGCUGUUAGCCUCUCGGUGGCCAGCAUUUUUCAUUUCCGACUGAGCAGCAAUUAUCAGCAAUGGCUCACCUGAGCAUACCAAAUGCAAUGGCCUACCCCCUUCGUAAUGCAGAGGCUACAAGCACUCUGCAAAAUGAAGCAAACAUUGCAUACAUUCAUUGGAAUCACUCGUGCAACACAGAGCACCAUAUGUUUAAAUUAAGAACUCGCUCAAAACUAUCAUCAUCAGCAAUAGCUCGUACUCCUGCCACCCAUAAGCAAGAAAAAAUGCAAUGGCUCAUACCCAUGUAAGGCAGAGGCUACAAGGGCUCAGCUUAAUGAAGCAAACAUUGCAUACAUUCAUUAAAAUCACCCAUACAACACGGUACAGCCUUUCAAUAAAGAACACGCUCAAAACAAGAAUCCGAACCAUCAAUAAAGCAUUGCCUUAUCCCCCUCAGCAAUUGUAGUGGUAGUUUAGAAAUAGCUUCGCUGGACAUCCACUUUUGCAGGGCCGGGAUGGCGAGCCAACUUUUUUCCUGUUGUAAGGUCUUUAUGUUGACUCUUCCCCAGCUUAAACUAAUGCGGAUGCAAAUGGGAGAUUUUUUUCCUGUGUGCUCUUGCAUGCACUUUGCAUAAAAGGUUUUCCACGAGUAUAGAACUUUUGCCUGAACACCAGAGUGAGUGUGCGAGAUUGCAAGUGUCAGAUAUGAGUGCUGGUGAACGUGGCUACAGCUUAUGGUCGUUGAAAAGGUACACUCAAGUGGUUGCAGUUCCGAUGUAGUUUUACCAAGCGCAGUAUUCUUGAGAAGAAAGUGUAUAGUCAUUGUAUAUUUACUUUUUGCCAACACUGAUCUAUGGGACCAGGAGUUGGAGGCUAACAAAGGAGCUGUUGUGCAAAUAAAAAGAUUGGAAGACAUGUUACUCAGUGUCAGCUUUUGUUGUUCGAACACUCCCUUAUAUCUUAUAUUUUUUAUAAGCAUACACACUUAUACUGACGAAAAAAAAAAUGCAAUUGAAUGUAUGAAACACAAACUUGAGUGUGAUGCUUCCGUUGGGGCAGCUAAGGGUUUUCUGUAGCUCUUGACGGCCUGGUAGCGGCAUGCUGUACCAAUGCAUGGCACAUGAACCUUGCUAAAUUGCAAACACACUUUACACCAUUAUUAAUACACAACCAUGCAAUUUGUGUGAUCAUAUGAAAUCUGCACAUUGGCUUGCCUGCGGCGACUCGGCCAAGGUGCUGGUCAAAGAGCACAUGUGAAUUCUGAAUGUGCUGUUUCAAGUUGCUCUUGCUAAGUGUUUGACUUUUUACUACCAGAGUGCAUAUUUAGAGUCACCAAUAUUGUCUUGAAUCUUGCAUUUUUCAGUUUCAUUAUAGCGGUAAAACACUCGUCCAAAUAAAACCUGGCCAACCGAA